AUGCGUGUGGAGGAGCUUAUUAUUGAGGGCUUCAAGAGUUUUGUCAAUCGUACAGUUAUAAGUGGUUGGGAUAGCUCAUUCAACGCGAUAACAGGAUUGAAUGGAUCUGGAAAAUCAAACAUCCUUGACGCCAUCUGUUUCGUACUCGGCUUGACAAAUCUACAGACAGUCAGAGCCAGCAACCUCCAAGAUCUCAUUUACAAGCGAGGCCAAGCGGGUAUCACCAAAGCAAGCGUUACGAUAGUUUUCGAUAACUCAGACAAAAGUAAGAGCCCCGUUGGUUAUGAAGCUGCUUCGUCUAUCAGCGUGACGCGACAAAUCGCUAUGGGCGGUAUAUCUAAAUACCUCAUCAAUGGCCACAAAUCUCAUCUCAAUUCUGUCCACUCUCUCUUCCAAUCCGUGCAACUCAACAUCAACAACCCCAACUUCCUUAUUAUGCAGGGUAAAAUUACCAAGGUGCUCAACAUGAAGCCAGAGGAAAUUCUUUCUAUGGUGGAGGAAGCUGCCGGUACGCGUAUGUAUGAGGAUAGGAAGGAGAAAGCAUACAAGACCAUGGAGAAGAAACAAAGGAAGGUCGCUGAGAUUGAAUCUCAACUCAAGGAGGAGAUCAUCCCUCGUUUGGAUAAGCUGCGUUCUGAAAAGUCAGCCUACUUGUCUUACCAGAAAGCUUCUGCUGAGUUGGAACGCCUGGAUAGACUGGUUGUUGCGCAUGAUUGGUGCUACCACCAGAAAUCAGUCACCAAUGCUGAUGCUGAUGUUAAAAGAGUCAAGGACUCAAAUGAGCAGUUAAAAAGAGAUAUUGAGCAAUGGAAAAGAGACAAAACCAUGUAUGAGGAUAAGAUUAAGGACAUCAGGGAAGCUCAGCAGAAGGAGCUAGCUAAGGAUGGAAAGCUCGCUGAACUAGACAAGCUUGUAAAGCAGCUGUCUACCGAACUGGUCAAGUCUCGUGCCCAAGCUGAUAUAAAGAGGGAAAAUAUCAUUGAAGAAAAAAAGAAUAUGGAGGGACUACUAAAAUCCGUUGAGUCGUCAGAAAAAACUUACAAAGAUAAAGAAAAGACAACCAGGUCCACCACCGACAAAUUCAAGGUUGUCGAUGAAUCCUACCAAAGUUCAGUUGACGCCUUAGCUAAAGCUGAAGAACUCCUUCAGACACUGCAAACCGGUCUGGCUUCAUCGUCAAAGGACGACACUGGUGCUGGUGGUUUCUUGGGUCAGAUGCAAGAAGCCAAGUCUAGAGCAACUCAAGGUGCGACAGAAUACCAGCAAUCUCAAGUUAAGAAGGAUCACUUGAAGAAGGAAAUCAAAGACAAAGAGAGGCGAGUCAAAGACACUACAUCUGAUUCUGAGGAGCUCUCAAAACAAAUAACUAGAGUUAAGAGUGCCUUCGAGAAACUUGUCAACGAGCUAAAUAGUCUUGACUGGGAUGAGGAAAAGAUACAAUCCCUUCAAUCUGAAGAGAAGGAGCAAGCUAAGAACGUCAAUGGUCUUGCAGAGCAGUGUGAGCGUCUCAAGGGUUCAAUGUCAGCAUUAGACUUCUCAUACAGCAAUCCAUAUCCGAACUUUGAUCGCUCAAAGGUGCACGGCUUGGUGGCCAAUCUGAUAGACUUGGAUUCCAAGAACACACAAUUUGCAACGGCGUUGGAAGUAUGUGCUGGUGGACGUUUAUACAAUGUCGUCGUAGAAGAUGAGAAGGUGUCAACAGCUUUGCUUGAAAAAGGACAACUUCGUAAGCGUGUCACGAUUAUCCCGCUUAACAAAAUCAAGCCGUCAACAAUGUCAGCAGAGAAGCUGUCAACAGCUGAAAAGCUUGCUCCAGGGAAAGUACACUCUGCCAUCUCCUUGGUAGGUUCUGAGCCAGAAGUUGCUACUGCGAUGAUGUAUGUCUUCGGUGAAGCUUUGGUGUGCGCAGAUGCAGAGACAGCUCAGAAAGUUACCUUCCAUCCAAAUGUCAAAUCAAGGAGUGUGACAUUGAAGGGCGAUGUCUACGAUCCCUCAGGUGUGCUCAGUGGUGGUAGCGCCCCAUCCGGAUCAGGUAUCCUAGUCAGAGCUCAGACAUUGAGGGAUGCAAACAUCAAACUGAGGGAUGCUCAGAGUGUGCUUAAGGGUAUCAGGGAUGAGAUUGGCAAGUUGUCGAGCGAGCAGAGUCGCAACACAAAGUUGAAACGUGAACACGAUCUCAAGAAGCAUGAGCUGGAGCUGUUGGAGGAACAGCUAAAUGGAAGCAGCUCUACUAGACUUCAAAAUGAUCUUGAAGAGUUGAGGAAGUCAUUGGAGGAUGCUGAAGUUACAGCCAAAAAGGCCAAGGAGAGAGAGUCACAGGCCACAAAGGACUGUGACAAGCUGGAGAGAGAAAUGGAAGAGUUCAAGAAUGAUAGAGGGGGUAAGCUGGAAGAGCUGAAGGCGGACGUAGCAAAGCGUCGUAAGAAUGUGCAAAAACAAUCGACCUCUAUCAAAGGCCAGCAAAAGGAGGUGCAAACUGCACAGCUAGAACUUGAGCAGCUGGGUGUAGAUAGAGAUGGCUGUAUGGAUGAGCAUAAAGAGGCAGUUGAAGGUUUAGCUAGUGCAGAAGCUGAGUUGAAGGUGUUUGACGAUGAAAUCAACAAAAAGCAGAAACAGCAUGACCAGACUGAAGCCAAACUUAAUAAAGAGAAGAAUCAACUAGACACCUACAAAGAUGAGCUAAUUGCUUUAGAAGUAUCGCUCUCCACGAUGAAAUCUAACAUCCAGUCCGGCACGCAAUCGCUUAAAACGGUCGAUAAGGAGGUAGCCAAUGCCAAGGAAGCAUCCAAGAAACAUGCAGCUCUUCUCAAAGCACUUGAUAAAUCCUACGAUUGGAUAUCGGACGAGCAGGAUGAAUUCGGAAGGGAGGGCUCAGUGUACGACUUUCACAAAAUCAACAUUCAGCAAGCGUCUAAACAACGGAAUGAGCUGACUGAGUCUCAAAAGUCGCAAAAGAACAAAAUUAACGGUAAAGUUAUGACUAUGAUCGAUACCGUCGAAAAGAGAGAACAGGCGCUCAAGACAAUGAUGGAGACCAUCCUCGGUGAUAAGGAAAAGAUUGAAGAUACUAUUCAUGAGUUGGAUCACUACAAGAAGGAAGCUCUGCAGUCUACUUGGAAGAUUGUGAAUAAGGACUUUGGUGAAAUUUUUGCCGAACUCUUGCCAGGAAACUUUGCAAAGUUGCAGCCACCUGAAGGUAAAGAACUCACGCAAGGAUUGGAAGUCAAGGUCAGACUUGGUCAGAUAUGGAAGCAGUCGCUGACUGAAUUGUCGGGUGGUCAGAGAUCUCUGAUUGCUCUCUCUCUCAUUAUGAGCUUGUUGCAGUUCCGUCCUGCACCGAUGUACAUUCUAGAUGAGAUCGAUGCAGCGCUCGAUUUGUCGCACACGCAGCACAUUGGUCAUCUAUUUAGAAACAGAUUCAGAGGCUCGCAAUUCAUCGUCGUCUCUCUUAAAGAAGGACUAUUCUCCAACGCCAAUGUUAUAUUUAGAGCUAGAUUCAGGGACGGAACAUCUUUGAUUGAACGGACUGAAACGAGAAUGACCGGAAAUGCACCAAGAAGGAGCCUUGCUGUCUCUGCAGGUGCAACAACAGGUAAACGUAGUAGAGGAGCUAGAGCUUAG